UCACCACUUUUCUCUCUCCCCCACAGGCAUGGUGACGGGCGUGGUUGUGCUGGCGGUGGUGGUGGUGGUGGUGAUUGCGGCGGGGGGCCCCAUGGAGGAGGGGAGGGGGCCAGUCUUCUUGCACGAGCCUCCCUCCCGCCUGCACUUCUCCAACACGACGGGGGCGCUGCUCCCCUGCUCCGCCCAUGGCACGCCGCCCCCGCGUGUGGAGUGGCUGAGUGGCGGCGCGGUGGUGGCUGACGUGCCCGAUGUCAGGAUAGUACACCUGAACGGGUCACUGCAGUUCCUCCCCUUCCCGCCCUACGCCUAUACCGCGACAGUGCACGCCGCCACCUACGCCUGCCGCGCCUCCUCCGCCGCCGGCACCAUCCUCUCCAUCCCAGUCCACGUGAGGGCAGUGGUUCGCCAGUACUACGAGGUGCAGGUUUAUGACGAGUUCGUGAUCAGCGGCAACACGGCGGUCAUCAAGUGCCAUGUGCCCUCCUUCGUGCGGGACUACGUGCGCGUCACUUCCUGGGUGCGCGGCAACGGAGAGAGGAUCGUUUCCGACGUGCUGACAGGUGGGCGCUACUCGGUGUUCGGCACGGGGGAGCUGCACAUCCGGCACGUGACCAAGGCAGACGAGUUUCAGUCCUACCACUGCGAGACACAACACGUGCUGACCGACGAGACCACCAUCUCCGCGGUGGCAGGCAGGCUGAUGGUGAACGAGCCGCGGUCCUCCGUGCCUCCACGCAUCACAGAUUCCCGUUCCUCCGUCACCGCCUCCCUCAGACACACGGUGGAGCUGCCCUGCGCUGCCCAGGGCUUCCCCAUACCCCAGUACCAGUCAGUACCCGCCACUCACUGUCCUCCCUCACUCAGGACCCGCCACUCACUCUCUCCCUUACUCAGUACCCGCCACUCACUGUCUCCGUCACUCAGUACCCGCCACUCACUGUCUCCCUCAGUACCCGCCACUCACUGUCUCCCUCACUCAGCACCUGCCACUCACUGUCUCCCUCACUCAGUACCCGCCACUCACUGUCCCCCUCACUCAGUACCCGCCACUCUCUCACUCUCUCCGUCACUCAGUCACUCAUUCACUCUUCUCACAUGGCCUUUGAUGUGUAAUCUUUAAUAUGUUACCUGACGUUGUGUUUUUAGGCAGGCAGUGGAAGUUUGUUGUUUGUUACUUAGCUUAAUUAUGUAAUUAUUUAGUUGUCUGCUUGAUUGGUUGGUUAGUCAGUUGGUCAGCUAGUUAUUUGAUAAGCUAGUUAGUUAGUAUGCUUGUUUGUUAGCUAGUUAGAUAAGAAUUACCAGUGUUUUUAUUUGUCAAGUCUUUGGGAACUUCAUUCAGUUACAUAGUCAGUCAGGCAUUCUCUUGGCCAGUCAGUCAGCC